CGCAUGUCAGCGAGUCCGGGAGCGUUGUGCGCAUGCGCGCGGCGUUUGGUCUCAGAUUUUCCUGCUUCGCUUCAGUUACUCCCAUUCAGAGGAGACUGUCCGAUCCGAGCAGCAGCACAGCGCACACCAUGGCAGAGCAGGACCUGACUCCAGAGCAGCUGGCGGAGAUCGCGGCGGCCAACGACGAGAGCGAGAGCAACGUCAACUACAAGCCCCCGGCCCAGAAGAGCCUGCAGGAGAUCCAGGAGCUGGACAAGGACGACGAGAGUCUGCGCAAGUACAAGGAGGCGCUGCUGGGGAACGCAGCCCCCGUCGCAGAUCCCACCGCUCCCAACGUCCAGGUGACGCGAAUGACUCUGAUGUGCGAGACGGCUCCACAUCCUCUGGUCCUGGACCUGCAGGGAGAUCUGGAGAACUUCAAGAAGAACCCGUUUGUUCUGAAGGAGGGCGUCGAAUACAGAAUAAAGAUCAACUUCAAGGUCAACAAGGACAUCGUGUCAGGCCUGAAGUACACCCAGCAGACCUUCAGGAAAGGAGUGAAAGUGGAUAAGUCGGACUACAUGGUCGGGAGCUACGGCCCCAGACCGAGCGAGGAGUACGAGUUCCUCACCCCCCUGGAGGAGUCUCCCAAAGGGAUGCUGGCCCGCGGCACCUACAACCUCAAGUCCAAGUUCACCGACGACGACAAACACGACCACCUCUCCUGGGACUGGAGCCUCACUAUCAAGAAGGAUUGGAAAGACUGAUUCCUCCUCCUCCUCCUCCUCCUCCUUUCAUUCCAUGAUUUCUCUUCCAGCUUCUGCUCUCUCCGUCCAUCCCUCCCUCCCUCCCUCCCUCCUUCCCAACCAACGCUCUUUGCAGUUUCUCUUAUAUCCUCUGAAUUCCAAUCAUUCCUCUCAACUUGUUUGCCCCUUUUUUCAGAUAUUCAAAAGUGAAAAUUAUAUAAAAAUAACUGAGAAAGCAAACAAGUUGCACAAUCCAGACGCUUCUUCUUCUUCUUCUUCUUCUUCUUCUUCUUCUUCUUCUUCUUCUCAUUCCUCUAUCUUUCUCUCUCUCGUGAUUGUUUUUGUACGAUUACCGUGAUCUGCCUUGAAAGCGCUGUACAGGAAGCGGUCGAGCUGAAUGAAGCCUCCUGAAGCCUCUCAGCAGACGGGUCCGGAGCCGACCUCCUCCUCCUCCUCCUCCUCCUCCUCCUCCUCCUCUUCCUCCCUACAAACUGCUGAGAGAACAGGAGGUCACGAUUACCUCCGAGCUGUGGUUCAUCCUCUCCUGAUCAGGGUUUUUUUUUUUUUUUUAGCUGCCACGUGGCCUUAACGUAAUAACCGUUAGAUAAAAAGAAAAAUAAAGGAUUCCUAGUUGAGCCAUUUGCCUUCAGAUUACAUAUAUUUUCAUUCAUGUGAGCCUCUUUAUUAUUAUUUUUUUUUUUGUGUAAAAAGCCAUUACAUGCAGCAGUUUGUCCAUCACAUCACGUCUCUUCACACCUUCCUCCCUUUUCAGUAUUUUUGUCUUAAAAAAAAAAGAAAAUGUCUGAAAUUAACUUUUUGUAAAAGAUGAUUCAACUCUAAGUGUAAUGGCUUCCCGGUGUCGUGUAGUUUAAAGACGACCGCUGCCUGACUGUGCCUCCGGACUCUGUACGACCGCGGACUCGGACCCGGAGCUCCAGGUCUAGAGACGCUGACGGUGGAAAAAACAUCCGGCCGUACGCAAACCUUCCUUUUUAUACACUCCGUCAAAGUAUGUGACAGAUGUUGGGCGAGACUCAGUGUUUGCUACUUGUAUUGAUCUCCUGUGUUCACAUUAAAGUGUUCAGACUGGG